CGAACAAACUUUGUUGGACUUGCCUCGCCCUCGUCGUAAUGGACAAGCUGACGGCGACAAACCAAGUAAGUUUUCCAUCGUGGAGGUUGUUUUUCUUUUUUCUCCCUUGAUGAUUUUCAGAUUGCUGGUUGAAAGCCUACCUCUGAAAAGUUAGAAGCGGCAAAUCAUCAUCCUCUUAGACGAGGGCUGUUGUACUAUUCUCACCUGCUCCGUAUAAUUUAUGUGACC